CAAAGCGUUCUCUGGAGUCCCUUCCGAUUCUACAGCUUGGCUAAGUUUCAAGUGAAGACAGUGAUGAAGUUUUGAUUUUUUUUAACACAGUGUAAUUAAUUGAGUUUCCGAGGCUCCCAUUUCCCCACAAAUGUUAAUGAAACGUUUUUUUUUUUUUUCAGAGAGCUGGAUUGAAAGAUGCCUCAAUGAAAGUGAAAACAAGCGCUACUCCAGCCACACGUCUCUGGGGAAUGUUUCUAAUGAUGAAAUGCCUAUGCCCAUGCCUUCCAGUAGAAUGCUGGAGGAGAAUUAUGAGAUCGCAGAAGGUGUCUGCAUCCCAAGGAGUGCUCUCUACAUGCACUACUUGGAUUUCUGUGAGAAAAAUGAUACCCAACCUGUUAAUGCUGCCAGCUUCGGAAAGAUCAUAAGACAACAAUUUCCGCAGUUAACGACAAGAAGACUCGGAACUCGAGGCCAGUCAAAGUACCACUACUACGGCAUUGCUGUGAAAGAAAGCUCUCAGUAUUAUGACGUGAUGUAUUCAAAGAAAGGAGCUGCUUGGGUCAGUGAGUCAGGGAAAAAAGAAGUGAGCAAGCAGACAGUGGCGUAUUCCCCGCGGUCCAAGCUGGGCACCUUACUGCCUGAGUUCCCCAAUGUCAAGGACCUGAAUCUGCCCGCCAGCCUGCCAGAGGAGAAGGUUUCGACCUUCAUCAUGAUGUACAGAACCCAUUGUCAGAGGAUACUGGACACCGUAAUAAGAGCCAACUUUGACGAGGUUCAAAGUUUUCUUCUGCACUUUUGGCAAGGAAUGCCCCCCCACAUGCUGCCCGUGCUCGGUUCCUCCACUGUGGUCAACAUCGUAGGCGUCUGUGACUCGAUACUGUACAAAGCGAUUUCUGGAGUGCUGAUGCCCACCGUGCUCCAAGCAUUACCGGACAGAUCAAGGGAGAGGCCACUGAGCAAUGGCAAGGGCUUGUGCGGGGUGCUGGCCCAGAUGGGCGAUCUGGAGUGCCCAACAUGUCUUCAGGGUGUCUGUUGGGAGGAUGAGAUGGACAUGGCAUCAAGAACUGUGAUCCACAGUGCAGACAUUACUUUUCAAAUGCUAGAGGACUGGAGAAAUGUCGACCUGAACAGCAUCACCAAGCAGACCUUGUAUACCAUGGAAGAUUCUCGAGAGGAACACAGGAAACUCAUCAUACAGUUGUAUCAAGAAUUUGACCAUCUCCUCGAGGAGCAGUCGCCCAUUGAAUCCUACAUCGAGUGGCUGGACACCAUGGUGGACCGAUGCGUUGUGAAGGUAGCUGCCAAGCGACCAGGAUCCUUGAAGAAAGUUGCCCAGCAGUUCCUCCUGAUGUGGUCUUGCUUUGGCACCAGGGUGAUCCGAGACAUGACUUUGCAUAGUGCCCCCAGCUUCGGGUCUUUUCACCUCAUUCACCUGAUGUUCGAUGACUAUGUGCUGUACCUGUUGGAAUCUCUCCACUGUCAGGAGAGAGCCAAUGAGCUCAUGAGAGCCAUGAAGGGGGAAGGAAGCACUGCAGAGGUCAGAGAGGAGAUCCUGUUGACAGAGCCCACUCCGCCGACUCCAUCGCCCGUGCCCUCCUUCUCGCCGGCAAAAUCUACCACUUCUGUAGAAGUCCCGCCUCCCUCCUCACCUGUCAGCAACCCAUCCCCGGAGUAUACUGGCCUCACCACAACAGGAGCGAUGCAGUCCUACACCUGGUCCCUAACAUACACAGUGACAACGGCUGCUGGUUCUCCCGCUGAAAGCUCCCAACAGCUGCCCUGUAUGAGAAGCACUCAUGUACCUUCUUCCUCAGUCACCCAUCGGAUACCAGUCUAUCCCCACAGAGAGGAGCAUGGCUACACUGGGAGUUACAACUAUGGAACGUAUAGCAACCAGCAUCCUCACCCAAUGCAGAGUCAGUACCCUUCCCUACCACAUGACACAGCCAUUUCGGGGCCACUCCAUUAUUCUCCGUACCACAGGGGCUCCUCACAGUACCCAUUCAACAGCCCCACCUCUCGGAUGGAGCCUUGUUUGAUGAGCUCAGCCCCUAGACUGCACCCUACGCCGGUCACUCCCCGAUGGCCAGAAGUACCCUCAGCCAACACGUGCUACCCAAGCCCACCUGUGCACUCUGCAAGGUAUGGGGGCUCUAGUGACAUGUACACCCCCCUGACCACCCGCAGGAAUUCCGAGUAUGAGCACAUGCAACACUUUCCUGGCUUUGCCUAUAUCAAUGGAGAAGCUUCGACAGGCUGGGCAAAAUGA